AUGAAAGGACUUCGCUGGCGUUACACUCGGCUGCCCACCCUGUCUGGAGAGGAGGGUGAGGAAGGGGACGAGGAAGAGGAGGAGGAGGCAGCCCCAGCUCCAGCCCCCGCUCCUGAAGAUCCCGUGGAGCCCCAGCUGGCAGAAGCCAGCCAGGUUCUGGGAGCCUCGGAGAUCAGGGAGCUCAGCCGCCACCUCCCCCCGAGAGUCACGGGAUAUUCUUGGAGUCUGGCCUUCUGCACCGCGAGGGACGGCUUCAGUCUGCAGAGCCUGUACCGGCAGAUGCAGGGCCACGGCGGGCCGGUGCUGCUGGCGCUGAAGGACCAGGAUGGGCAGAUGUUUGGGGCCUUCUCCUCCUCGGCUUUCCGACUCAGCAAAGGCUUCUACGGAACUGGCGAGACAUUCCUCUUCUCCUUCUCCCCACAGCUGAAGGUCUUUAAGUGGACAGGAAGCAACUCUUUCUUUGUCAAAGGAGAUUUGGAUUCACUGAUGAUGGGCAGUGGCAGUGGCCACUUCGGGCUGUGGCUGGACGGAGACUUGUAUCACGGAGGAAGCCACCCCUGUGCGACCUUCAACAAUGAGGUACUGGCCCGGCAGGAGCAGUUCUGCAUCAAGGAGCUGGAGGCCUGGGUUCUGAGCUGA